AGGCUGUACGUGAAGUUAACCGUGAUUUCAGUAACCCUGCCUAACUAAACAGACUUUGCUCUUGCAAACCUGUCCGUCAGGAGAGGCACUUGCACUCCGAUGUAGCCUACAUGCUCUAAGCGGCCAAGCUGGAGGAUUACCACCACAAACUACAAUGACUGGGCACCUGAUGAAUCCUCAAUGCUAAAGCUAAUUUUCCUGACGGCACUUUCCCUUCUUUCAAUAAGGGUUACAGCCGUCACUCCUGGAGCUGCUGUCGCGCCACCCCAGGAUGUCAAGUUCAAGUCUGUAAAUCUGCAGAACAUAGUGGAGUGGAGUCCUGGACCAGGGACACCGAAGGGGACAUGGUACACUGUGGAGUAUGCAAUAUACGGUGAAGAGGAUAAGGCAGCACCGGGUCAGGAGGAUUGGAGGGGGGUCAAGUUGUGUAAGAAGUUGAAGAAGACCAUGUGUGACCUAUCUGAUGAGACCAGUGACCUGGAAGAAAAGUAUUAUGCCAGGGUCAGGGCUGUGGGCAAGAACGGAUCCUCAGAGUGGAACCACACAGACCGAUUCGACCCCAUCUUAGACACAACCUUUGGACCACCGGUCGUUAAUAUUGUGGUGAAUGAGCGUCACAUGUUUGUCAAUCUCACGGGUCCAAGGAGAUGGAGUAACAAAGAAAGCAAUGAACCUAUGGCAGAGUACUAUCCGGGGAGCCUGAUGCUGUACAGCCUGUCCGUCCACAACAACAGGAGUGGGCAAACGGAGGUCCACCUUCUUGACGACAUCUCGAAAGAGAUAUUUUUGCGAGACUUCAGCACUCUGUACUGCGUUUCUGCAAGCGUCUAUUUCGCAUCGCGUCCCACAAAAGCCCAGGUGUCUUCGAAGCAGUGUGUGACGACGGGAAACGUCCCCCAGGAAACAUGGGCACUAGUGCUGACCCUGGGGGUUAUCCUGCCCUUGAUGAUUUUCCUGCUGCUUUUGGUCUUGGUGGGGGUUCCCGUGUACCACUAUGUUUUCUGCUACAAACAAAAGCACCCCCCUAAUCUGUUGGUUCCGCACCUCCCGAAGUUCCAGCAGAUUUAUUCUGACAAGCUCCUGAAGGUGAACUUCAUCUACGUCAAGAACACCAUGGCCAAUUCCGACCCUGAAGACCAGGGCCCUCAAAAAGCCUCCCUCCAUCCUGCACACCAAUUGGAGAUGGAGAUGCUCCCAGCGGCACCAUGCUUAGCAUAUGCUCCCCAGCAAGAACCCCAUGAUGGGGUUGUGACGGUGGAGCCCAGUUCUGUAGUUGAGCAGGAGGUUCACGGUAUAGAAGUGACUCAAAGCAACUCCAACUACGGCUUUGUUCUCAAGGCCCAACUGGUGGAAGAAGUGGCCAAGGAUACCAAGGCAUGCCUGCCGUUUGCUGGCGUCGAGGGCCAGGUUCCCGGCGACAGAGUGGGCGGGGCCUCUGCUGCAUACAAACGGCAGUGGCAGGCUGCCUGUCCGGGCUUCCAGGAGGAACACGAGACAGAAGAAGGCACCAUAGUGAACUGGGACCCGCAGACCCGCACGAUUCAGCUCCCUCUGCUCUCUGACUUUGAGCCAGAACUCGAGCCUGUGGAGGAAGUGAGCCUGCUGUGUGACAACGCCCACCCCUUUGGCGCCUUCUCUAAAGUUUACAUCAGGCGCUCGUUAGAUGGGUCCACUGAGUUCGAAGAUGAUCUGACCAAAAUGGAGAACAUCUGGGCUCUCCAGGUCAACAUGUGAAAAUGAGACAUUUUGAAAUCAGUGAUGCUUCAGUGUAUGCUUAAUAUUACAAUGUCAUGUGUAGGGAGUUUGUAGAAGGCGUGCACAGCUGGCGUGUACAAAAAGUAAUGAAGGAAGAAUUAUAGUAUUCAUUUAAUUACUUUAUGUUUAUGUUUUUAUUCACUUUUUAAAAGAAGAUGUUUUAAUUUUAUACGAUGUAUUGCACAUUAGCAAUUUCAGUUGGCUAUUUAUAACUAGGUAAUCUCAGAUUAAAAUUUUAAUUUUAUUUUAUUUUAAUUACAACAAAACGAUAACGACAAUUAUCGCGAUAUAUUUUCCUCCAUAUCGACGUGCCGAAUACUCGAUAAAAGUUCGAUAUAAUUUAAGAUCAAACUCUUACCGGUGACACUCACAAAAUGAGGUCACUUUCUCUCUGAGUUUAGAGCACAUUACCUACAGUGGAGCACAAGCGCAAAUAGCCAUGAAAACGGGGAAAGUCCACAGUAAAAUUCAGUCCUUGAGAAAUCCCAAUAGCAGUAAUCCACAGAGCAUUAAGAAUGGAUAGGAAGAUCUUCAGCAGGGCGUUUUUUUCAGCAAUGACUAAAGUAACUUGGGGUGAGUUUCCCUGAAGCCUUCUUAACGCUAUGUCAUUCGUAAGUUCUAUCUCUUAACAGAGAAUUUGCGAAUGACGUAGCGUUAGCAAGGUUUCGAGAAACUGGGGCCCAUUCAUCAUCUCAGACUUGUGCAAUGCUCCUUGGUACAUGUGGCACUUUUGGUUGGUAUCUAGGGAAAUUACAGCACAGUGUUCCGGAAGCAUCAUUUUGUCCAUUACUACUGUUUGCCGAAUCUUUGUCACAUUCCGAUGAUAAAGCACAGUUUCUGACUACAAUUAACCAUCUGGUUUUUUCACCUUUAACUCAGGAGUAAAAUCAGCCUUUACACUGGAAAGAAAUAAUGAUUUGACAUUCAUCGUGGUAAUUAUCACGGAGCAAAAAAUGAAAUGUGCAAAAAAAAUAAAAAGUUCUUUUAUGGGAAAGUAAGAUCAUUUUAUUUUUUUGCUCUAAAUUAUCUAUAUCGACCGUUCGGAUUUUUUUUUAUAUCGUGAAAAUAUUUUUGGCUAUAUCGCCUAUCUCUAAUUUUAAUACGUACGUAUAAUGAGCGAAUAUGAAGGUACAAAUAGCUGUUAGGAUAUAAUAAUGUAAUAUGAUAUAGUGUAAGACUCUCUGUUGCAAUUUUUGUAUUCAUUUUAGUAUUAAAUGAUUAUUACAGCAACUUAGCAACCUCGUAUAAUGAAUCAAUCUAAAUCAAGUUAUGAAGAGUGAGUUUUAGCCUGGUGUGAGUACGGGUAAUGAGGUUACACCAGUGAGCAUUCACUACAGAGCAUUCACUGCCAGUUUACUUUAUGAUAGAGUGAAUGUACAUCCACAAUCAUUAAUGCUUGAUCAUUAUGUUGAUUUAUUAAAUAUCUUGUAUUACCACAUAAUCAGGUAAACUCUGUAAUCUAACUGAUUUUGUAUUCUGUUACCCACUGAACUGGCUAAUAUCCUUUUCCUUAGUUUAUUGGGACAUCUCUGUUUUCGGUGAUAAUGUAAACUGUAAAAACCUUUACAGGAAAUCCACCACUGAGACAAAGUCCUCAGAUUUUUAUCUUUGCUGGCAGAAGGACAGAAAGUAAAUUGCCAUCUAGUAUCACUGUUUAAGGUUACUUCCUGUUGCUUUAAUAUUAUUUGUAAAUGUGUUUUUUUUUAGGCAGAUGAUCAUUGUAUUUGACACUUUGAUACUGAAUAAAAAGAUGCAAAAAUCCA